GCUGCAGUAGCGAGGAGAAAGGUGUCUUUUCAAGCAGCCCCCAAAAUGUCUGCUGUACUCCGUGUCUGUGUGUGUGUAAGAAAACCUUUUGCCAGUGCAUACACACAAACUGAGUGACACCGGGGGCCCUAACCUGUAAUUCUGAAACGGUGUUUUUCUUCUGAGUGCAGGCAGGAGGGCGAGGAGGGUUGUUGUAUAGCACAACACUCGUUGAGUCUUGGGUAAAGUGUGUGUGCCGGCAGUACUAACCCCCGCUAGGUGGCUAACAAGGUGCUCGAAGAAGGAAAAGGAAAAGAAGAAGAAGAAAGAAUAAAACCCCACCAGCUCCCACACACUCAGGCAGCACCCAAAAGAAAAAGAAAAAAAAAACUAGCAGGUAGAAGAAAAGAGAGACACCAGUGGCCCAGUCAGUUGCCAUCCAGACGGCCAGCCAAGCGGACCCUCUAAAGCACUCACUUUAUUGGUUUUCAUUUCCUUCCAUAAUCCCCAAUUACUUCUCGAUCGGCAACAUUUUUUUUUUGUUUUUUUGUUUGUUUGUUGGUUUUUACAAACCUAGGCUCGGCAAACAAUUUGACUCAUUUCUUUUUGCAAAAAAAAAAACAAAACAAAGAAGCAAGUGCCAAUUGAAUCGAAACUAUUCCAUUUGUUUUUGACGAGGGUGAAUUGCCGUGAAUUCAUUCAUUCUGGGAGACACUUGAAAGCAUCGCAACGACGUCAAGUGCAGAUCAGAUUUUGCUUUGCAAAAAAGAAAAGACCGUUCGGUCCGGUCGAAAUCCCACCGUUUGACAAACUCCGAUCAGUUGGUGCUGUGCAAUUUGGCUGCAUCUUCUUCCCGGCCUGAUCACUUUGACGGAUCUCCACGUCCAUUUUUUUCUGUUCUUCACUUCCCUUUCCGAAAAUCCUACAACGACGAGCCAUCCGCUUCUAAUCACAAAAUGGUUGCCGCUUUCAAAGGAUGCCAACACUUGCGGAUAGGGCGGCUGACGGCUCUGGUAGCGGUCUUCCUUCUCGUUUUGGCGCUCAUCACGGCCACCACCGUCGACGCUGAAUCAAAAGUACGCCGGCCGUUGAGAAGGAGAGAUCCCCUGUCGGCUGCGGCCAGCGUGGGCAACAGCGUCGUGCGCAACCGUCUCAUCCGACCGACGAAAAAACCGUUCGGAUCGACGACGAUGGCAAGCGUCGAAAAAGAAGAAACUGGUGCGACGCAGCCGACGCCGUUCAUCAGACGGCCGAGCAGCGGCUUAACCCGGCCGUCCUCCACCACGGCAGCGCCAACUGACGCACCCACCACGACGCCAAAGAGCAUUUUCCAGCGUCCGUCGCGACGGCCGGGCAUGCGCAAACCUGUCGCCCCUGGUGGACUGUCGACGGCCUUAUCCAGCAACAAGAACGACGACAAGAAUGUCAGACCAGUGGGUAGCGGCAACGCCGACAAGGGCUACAAGAUCGUUUGCUACUUCACCAACUGGGCGCAGUACCGACCCAAAACGGGCAAAUACCUGCCGGAAGAUAUCGACCCUCACUUGUGCACGCACAUCAUUUACGCCUUCGGAUGGCUGAAGAAAGGCAAGCUCAGCUCGUUGGAGGCCAACGACGAAACAGUCGAUGGCAAAAUCGGCCUUUACGAGCGCAUGAUGGCCCUCAAGAAUACCAACCCGGAUCUCAAGGUUCUUCUCGCUCUCGGUGGAUGGACGUUCGGCACGGCCAAAUUUAAGGAGAUGUCUGCAACACGAUACGCCCGUCAGACGUUCGUAUUUAGCGCCAUUCCUUUCCUGCGCCAGCACGGAUUCGACGGACUUGAUCUCGAUUGGGAAUACCCGAAAGGAUCUGACGAUAAGCGCAAUUUCGUCUCUCUCCUCAAAGAAUUGCGCGAAGCUUUCGAAGCGGAAUCGCAAGAAUUGAAAAGCCCUCGGCUGUUGUUGACGGCUGCCGUGCCCGUCGGGCCGGACAACAUCAAUGGCGGCUACGACGUUCCAGCUGUGGCCAGUUACCUGGAUUUCAUCAACGUCAUGGCGUACGAUUUCCACGGCAAGUGGGAGAACACGGUCGGCCAUAAUGCCCCGCUUUUCUCGCCAUCUUCCGACUCCGAAUGGCGCAAACAGCUGUCCGUCGAUCACGCUUCUAAUUUGUGGGUCCGACUGGGCGCGCCCCGUGAGAAACUCAUCAUCGGAAUGCCCACCUACGGCCGCUCCUUCCAGAUGACCGACACGGCCCGAUUCCGCGUCAACGAACCGGCCAGCGGCGGCGGUCAGGCCGGUGUCUACACCCGUGAGGCCGGUUUCCUCGCUUAUUACGAGAUUUGUGAAAUGCUGAGAUCGGGAAAAGCCACUUACAUUUGGGACGAUGAGAUGCAGGUGCCCUACCUGAUCCAUGGCGAUCAGUGGGUCGGGUUCGACGACGAACGAGCCAUCCGCAACAAGAUGAGUUGGAUCAAGAAAAACAAUUUCGGUGGCGCCAUGGUGUGGACAUUGGACAUGGACGAUUUCACGGGCUCGGUCUGCGGCAACAACGUCAAAUACCCGCUCAUCGGAGCCAUGAGGGAGGAAUUGCGAGGCGUUCCGCGACCUGGCAAAGAUGUCGACUGGGCCCAAGAAGUGCCCACCAUCUCCCUUUCGGCUACCACUCUCCCACCGCCCAUUCAAAUUUCGUUAUCGGAGAUACUCAACAAAGUGUCAACCAAGAAGCCGCAAUUGCUCUUGCCCACCAUUCCAAAUGCCGCGCCCAUCAACGGUAGCAACGCAAAAACGAUUUGUUAUUACACCAGUUGGUCGGCCAAUCGACCUGGUUUGGGCCGUUUCACUCCGGAGGACGUCAAUGUUGAGUUGUGCACACAUUUGGUGUACGCAUUUGGAGCGUUGAAGGACUACCGACUUUCGCUCGUAGGCGGCGACAGCAACAUCAAGCAGAAUGUCGAUUCCGGUAACAGGAAGCCACGUCAACGUGUCAACGUGGCCGUCGAAGGUGACGCAAUGGAUGUCCACGCCCGAAUCCAGAACCUUCGCACUAAAAACCCUGACUUGAAAAUCAUCUUGGCCAUCGGCGGCUGGGCUGUCGGAUCCGGUCCUUUCAAGGACCUCACUUCAAACAUCUUCCGCAUGAACCAGUUCGUGUACGACUCGACCGAAUUUCUGCGUGCCAACAACUUUGAUGGCUUGGACAUCGAUUGGGAGUAUCCCAGAGGUGCGGAUGACCGGGCGUCCUUCCUCAAUCUGAUCAAAGAACUUCGUUUGGCCUUUGAGGGAGAAUCCGUUACCAACAAACUGCCACGUCUCUUGUUGACGGCUGCCGUCCCUGCCAGCCCGGAAGCCAUUGCUGCCGGUUACGAUGUUCCCGAAGUGGUCAAGUACGUCGACUUUCUCAACGUCAUGACCUACGAUUUCCACGGUCAUUGGGAAGGUCAGGUGGGACACAACAGCCCCCUCUUCCCGUUGGAAACUGCCGCCUCUCACCAAAGAAGACUCACUGUCGAUUACGGAGCACGUGAAUGGGUCAAACUCGGAGCUCCAGCUGAGAAAAUUAUGAUCGGAAUGCCCACAUUCGGCAGGACAUUCACGCUGGCCGAUUUAUCUAAAUUCGAUAUCGGUUCGCCAGCCAGUGGCGGUGGAAUUCCAGGCCCUUAUACUUCCGAAGCUGGUUUCUUGGCUUACUAUGAGGUGUGCGAUUUUCUGCAAGAAGAUAACACGACUCUUGUCUGGGACAACGAACAGCAGGUGCCGUUCGCUUACCGCGACGACCAGUGGGUCGGAUUCGACGAUGAGCGCAGUCUUCGCACUAAAGUGAGCUGGUUGAAGGAGCAAGGUUUCGGCGGUGUUAUGCUCUAUUCUCUCGAUAUGGACGAUUUCCGUGGACACUGCGGAUCGGGACGCUACCCGUUGCUUCAAGCCGUCCGCCAGGAGCUGACAGCCGAUAAUUAUCAAGUUCAAUUCGUCUAUGACGGGCCUUACGAGCGAUCGGCAUCCAGUCUCAUCACGUCCAGGGCAGCAGCCAAAGAUCCUAACGUAUUAACGUGCGACGAAGAAGACGGUCACAUUUCUUAUCAUCCGGACAAAGCCAAUUGCGCCAUGUACUACAUGUGCGAAGGUGAACGUAAACAUCACAUGCCGUGUCCCGUUCAACUUGUCUUCAAUCCUUCUCAAAACGUUUGCGAUUGGCCCGAAAAUGUACCAGGUUGUGAGACACAUUUUACUGCGGGAACUGGCCGAAGAUAAAAAAACAAGUGUCUGAGCGUUGGGUUGCCCUCUUUCCUCCACCCCCCCACCCCCAUUUUUUUUUCAAAAUUAGAAACAACCGCACAAGAAAAACAUUCACACGAAUACUACAGCUCCGGCGUAAUUUCUUUCCCUCCGUUUUUUUUUUUCGUUCGUAAUUGGGUGAUGAUAUAUUCAAGUCCUCUACAAUUGUAGGUCUACAUUUUGUUUCGUGUCCAUAUGCGUGGUGAUAUAGCCCGUCGUUUCCAGUGCCUUUUUUGUUUGGUUUCUGUUUAGAUAAUUUUCUUUUUUCUUUUUUUUUUUGAACGUAAGAAGAAGGGGAAAAAAUAAGUAAAUAAUCGGGUUGCGAUUGCGCGCAGUGAGGAUAGAAAGAAGAAAGCGAAGCUGAUCACUCCACAAUGUACUCGGCUACUUUUCCGUCCUAUCCCCUGUUUCUAUUUUUGUCCAGAAAUGUUGUGAUUUUCUUAUUUUUCUAGUACGUUCAUUAAUUGAUAUCGAUGGGAUGAUGUUAGAAGUUUUAAGAAAUCUCUCCCUUCCGCCUGGACCACCUUACUAUUUUCUCCUAUAAUUACCUACAAUCAACGUGUUGCGAUAUUCGAUCGGAUGUGGCAAAUAAUAACCAUAACCUAACAAGACGUGAACGUUGGAAAAAUGUCUGGUCGACACCUGAUUGAUCCUCUGAUUUUUUUUUUAAAUCAGAAAUUAACAAGAAUUCGAAUUUGAGGCAACAAAUUGAUAUAGUGUACAUAUAACCGAACUACAAAUUAAGCGUGCUGCUGAUGCGGAAACACACACAAAAAAAAAAAUCAUAUUCUUGUUUUGGUCUUGGUUUUGUCAUAUAUACAAAAGUUUUUUUGUUUGUUUUUUUUUAUUGAGUUCUUUUUUUUUUGUGGUUUGAAUAUUUUGGGAAAUUGCUCCGCGUUGUCUUUUCAUUUCCCUUCCCUAUAUCCCCAUGGCAAAUGAUAUUUAACUAGUUUGUUUUUAGUAUUCUUUUGUUUUUCAAUUUCCUUACAAAAAAGAAAAAAAACAAAAACAAAAAAAACCUAGCAACAUUUUCAGGAGGGGAAGGUUUGUUGACACACCUAUUACGUGUGCGAUCUGGCAAAAGUUAUGGCACUACUGUCGAUUGAAGCCAAUCAGAGGCAUUCUUAUUUUGACAUAAUUUUUUUUCUUACCAAUUUUAUUGAAUUGUUUUUCUCAUACACGAUUGACCAUAAUACAUACCAGCGCAUUUUUUUUUUCAAA